AUGAGGCAAUCUCUUCUCGUGGCCAUCGUCGCCGCGGCCUUCUGUUUCGCCUUCGUCGCCGCUGACUGCAAUGUGAGCGUCAAGCAGACCCUGGGCAGCGCCUGGAAGCAGAACGGCCAGGACAUGUCGCAGUGGAACGCCCAGAUCACGGCCGGUUCGGAGAACGUCAAGUCCGUGGUGCUCAGCAUCACCGGCGCCAAGAUCACCCAGCUGUGGGAGCUCACCCUCGACGAGGCCACUGGCCUUUACUCCCUCCCCGCCUACCGCCUCCAGAGCGGUGGCCUCAGCGCCGGCCAGACCCACCAGUUCGGCUACAUCUGGGAGUCGGCCGCCCAGGCCACCAUCACCGUCUCCUCCAUCAACUGCGGCGCCGCCCCCUCGGCCUCGGCUUCUCCCGCCGCCCCGUCGGCUUCCGCCUCGCCCGCCGCGCCGUCGCCCUCUUCGUCGGCGGCCCCCACCAUCGUCGCCACCCCUCCGCCCACGUCUGAGGGCUGCAGCCUGACCGUGACCCAGACCAAGCGCUCGGCGGCCGAGGGCGGCAGCUGGACCACGGGCGACUUCGGCUUCCAGAUCUACGAUCUCGCCCUGGCCAACAACGGCCAGCGCCCGGCCAACGGUGCCCGCAUCAACGUCGCCCUGGUGAGCGGCGCCCAGCAGCAGAUCUACCAGUUCUGGAACGUCGAGCGCGCGUCGGCCGACUCGACCGUCUUCAACGUGCCCACCCCGUGGGGCUCGAUCCAGGUCGGUGCCUCGCAGGGCGCCGGCUACAUCCUCCGCUACCCGCUCUCGGCCGCCGCCCAGCAGGCAGCCCCGACCACCACCCUGCUGUCUGUCACCUGCGACGGCUCGCCCAACGGCAGCCCCGCCGCUUCGCCCUCGGCCUCGCCCGCCGCCCCGUCGCCCUCGGCGCCCGUCGUGUCGACCCCCCAGCCCAGCCCCGCCAACGGUUGCAGUGCGACCGUCUCCAUCGCUGCUCGCUCGGCCGCCAACAGCGGCUCGUGGACCGCCAACGGCGCCAACUUCCAGAUCUUCGACCUGGUGAUCUCCAACACCGGCUCGAAGGCCCUUACCGACGCCCAGCUCACCUUCGCCCUGCCCGACGGCACCACUGUGUUCCAGUGGUGGGAGCUGAUGAGCAUCGCCAACCAGGCCAGCGUGUUCGACGUGUCGUUCAACUACGGCCCGCUCCAGGUCGGAGCCACCCAGGGCGCCGGCAUCGUCGGCAAGUCGGCCUCGGCCUCGCAGGCCACCCCGACCGUCACCAUCGGCUCGCUCACCUGCGCCUAA